CCAAACAGGCAAGCAAACGGAGCAGCUACAACAGUCCGAUAAAAUUUUUAUGCUACUCGUGCGUGUGUCGAAAUAGAGGCUGAUGGCUGCUGCUGUUGCUGCUGUGUGCAGUUUCCUUUCGACGUCGCGGUCGCGUUUGUGAAAAAAAAUAUCCUAAAGUCAAGUUGCAACGGAACAGUGGCGUGAAAACAGACGAAGUGGUGGUUUUUACGAGCGGUUUUCGUGCGCCAAACCUUCAUCUUCCGCUAUAAAUCACCAGCAGCACUAAAACAAAAUCAUCACAAAUCAAAGUGCAAUUAAAAAAAAAAACGACGAAAAAUAACGGUCCUAUUGACAGUUGGACUUCCAUGUUAAAACACCAAGUGCGAAGAGGAGUGUUCGUCUAAGAAGAAAAAAAAACGACAAAGUGUAACAACAAAUAGCAGUUAGUCGCAGCCGUAGGCAGUGGUCCGACACUGUCCUGCCUCCUGCGUGGGGAGGAAGCUGCAGAUCAGGAUUACACCACCACUGGGACCUUAGGUUUAGUGGAAGCGCUGCGAUGGGUUACGAUCUGACGCGCUUCCAGGGCGAUGUGGACGAAGAACUGAUCUGUCCGAUCUGUUCCGGGGUGCUCGAGGAACCACUGCAGGCAGUGGCAUGCGAGCACGCAUUUUGUCGGGCGUGCAUCACGGAGUGGCUUUCGCGCCAGCCGACCUGUCCGGUUGAUCGGAAUCCCAUCACCAACAGUAAUCUCCGCGCCGUGCCAAGAAUACUACGGAACUUGCUCUCUCGAUUGAACAUCAGCUGCGAGAAUGCCAUCUACGGGUGUACGCUGGUACUGAAACUGGACACACUGGCCACCCACAUCGAGGAGUGCGAGCACAAUCCGAAGCGCCCGCUUCCGUGUGAGAAAGGCUGUGGAUUUGUCAUUCCCAAGGACGAGUACAAGGAUCACAACUGCUUCCGCGAGCUGCGUUCCCUGGUGCACAAUCAACAGCAGAAGAUGAGCGAGCUGAAGAACGAAAUCAACGAUCAGAAUCUGGUGAUAAACGAGCUCAAACGGGAACUUAAUCUGGUGAAGGAUUUUAUGAGGGCGAUGCGCGUGUCGAAUCCCGCGAUGCGGGCCAUCGCCGAUCAGAUGGAGCGGGACGAAGUGACGAGGUGGUGCAAUGGACUGGCGCGAGCGCGAGUCACCCGAUGGGGUGGGAUGAUUUCCACUCCGGAUGAGGCACUGCAGCUGAUGAUCAAACGAGCUCUCUCGGAAUCGGGCUGCCCACCGCACAUACUCGAUGACCUGAUGGAGAACUGUCACGAGCGGCGGUGGCCCCGAGGGCUGAGCUCGUUGGAAACCCGCCAGAACAAUCGACGGAUAUACGAGAACUAUGUCUGUCGACGGAUUCCUGUUAAAAUUUUAGGAAAGCAAGCCGUCCUCGUGCUACACUGCGACAACACGCACAUGUCCGAGGACGUGAUGGUGGAACCGGGUCUGGUCAUGAUAUUUGCUCAUGGAAUAGAGUAGGACACUGGAUGGACGGCGGCGGCAUAGCACGUGCAUCUGUUCGGCGGAGAGAGAGACUAUCCUGUACCAGCUACUGAUACUAAUGCUACAGUAACAACAGUAACAAUACCCUACUUCCGAUGAUUUAAGACAUGUACUGGAAAAACUUGAAAUAGACAUAGAGACCACUUGCCACCGUUUUUUACCUGACAGAAAUAUAAUUCUAGAGAGGCGGUUUUCAAAUCACCUCAUGAUCCAUUCGUCGAUUUUCUUCAUCUUCAAAAACUGCGCGAAAUUCUUACAUUUGUUUCAAACGGUGUCAUGGCAAAAUAUGUCAGUGGCAGUGACUGAAAUAAAACGUAAUCGUGCUACGUCUUUUACAAGACAGAAAACCAACUAAUGGCUCACUCUAGAAUUACACUCUUUACUAAUCAAUAUUACGUACGGAUAUUUGUAAUAAGUUUUGACUGCUUCGGUGCCAUUCUGAAAGUAGAGCACAAUUUUAUGAUCUACCUAACGAAAAGCACAAUCGCCGGUUUGUGUGGACCUACACUGAAACAAUUCCGAAGUGUCAAAACCUCUUGCCGAUAUAUUGUCAAUAUACAUACACAUGGGGGGCUGUUCAUAAACUAUGUCGAUCGCUUUGUGGUGGUGCUGGAGUCAAAAACCGCCUACGUCAUUUAUGGACAGCCCCCGGGAGGAUACACAGCAGAGAAAACCUAACACAGACCCAGUUGAUUCGUCAAUGCAAUGCACUACUUUCAGUUUGAUUUUUCCUCAACUACUACAAUAUUAACAACAACAAAAAAAACAUAACCUCACUCGAAUCAUAUCAGUAUAGAACAAGAAGUCGAAUUGAAUGAAAGUAAUGAAUAUGAUCUCUGGAUUUGGAAUCCCCCCUUAACUUGGAGCAAAACAAAAAAAGAAGAAGAAUAAGACACUCGUUCAACUUGUUACGCGUGUUGUUGUGUGAGUGAAAGAGUGUGAGAGAGAAUAUUUACGCUUGUUUAACUUCUUUUUCGUUCGUGUUACGAAACAAAAACUGAUGGGUUAAAGUAGCAAGCGAAUCGAACCGAUUAGGAAUUGCCAAAACUAAUUUACUUUUUUUUUGCUAGUGAUGAAGAUCGCAAAAAAUGCUAUGAUUUUUUUUUUUUUUUUUUUGAAUCUAGGUUAGGUUUUAGGUUCUAGUUCUGACUUUUGUACUAGCUGAAUAGAGAGAUAUUAGAUAGGAGGGAGAGAUGGAAUUUCUCAGUUGCUCUUGGAAAGAAGCAGAUACAAGUUGCAUUGAUUUUUUUUUAUAGUUCGAUAAGUUUUUAGUACUAAUGUUUAGUGUAUUCUGAAGGAAAAAUAAAGCCUACACUGUCGAA